AUGCCUCGUAGUGUUCGACAAUGUGAACUGGAGAAAACUCGGUCUAAAAAGCGAGAACUUGAGACUUGGGUAAAUCUCAAUUCCCAGGGACAAGGAGCCGAAUACUACAAAGAGAGCAGCAUCUCCCAUCAAUGGCUAAUGCGCGAUGAUCUCUUACUGCCCAAUAGAUUGAUCGAUGCGCUGCGGUUCCGUACCAACACCUUCGGAAACCCUGAAGCCCUGAAGAGAUCCGGAUACGACGUCCCAAUCGAAUGCAGAAAGUGCAGACUCAGACCCGAAACACUGAGUCUUGUAAUAGGUGGAUGCACAACGCAAAAAGGAGCAGCCAUAAAUCGACACAACGAGAUUCAAAACCUUGUGGUGGAGAAAUAUGGCCAUAAGUUCCCGGAUGCGCAAGUGCUAACCGAGCCGACCUUCGUAGCACGCGGGGAAACCCUUAAACCGGACCUAGUCAUUAAGAACCAGGAAAGGGUCCUUGUAGUCGACUCCGCAGUCCGCUAUGAGGAUAGAGGGUCCCUUGAGCGGGCCAACGAAGAAAAACGAAACAAAUCCGAGUCGGUCGCAGGAGAUAUUCAUCAAGAAGACUCCUCUCUUGAGGAACAAAGCAACAAUUUCAAAGAUAUUAGCGAAAAAUUUAUGGGUAGAGAGGCCGCCACCCUAGUCCAAGAAAGCCUGACGCAAUUUUCGCAAGCUAAAGAAAAUAUACUGAACAUCUUAGUAAGUUCAAAAGAACACUUAUCAAAAAAGACACUUGCAGUUAAAAAUUUAGAGAAAAUGACAAUUGCGUUUACAAAAAUGCUCUCAUUUUUGGGACAAGUCUCAACCAUUAAUAAUGUAUCAGAAAAACUUGAAUCUGUUGAAGUUAAUAUUGAAAAAAUGGCUAGCAAUAUCAGCCCAAUUCGUCCGAGCUAUGCUGCAGUUAUGAACUCGAAACCAGAACCAAUAAAAGUGCCUAAUAAUAAAGGACAAGAAGUUAAACCAUCUAAAAACAAAGUAAUUAUGGUGUUUCCAGCUGAAGGCAAUAAUAGCCUGAAAAGUAGCGCUGAUACAUUGAUAGAGUUGAAAAAGCUGAAAGCUUAUGAUGUAGGAAUCAAAGCAGAAAAAUUAUUUCCUGCUGAUAAAAAUGGCAUUAAAAUCAUUGCAACUAGUGACAGCGAAAUUGCUGAAGAAGAACUACAUAAAGCAGGCCUAAAAGCUGAAGUAAUUAAAAAACUUGACCCCAGAAUGGCUAUUAUGGGGAUACCCAGUGACUGGACUAAAGGUAAAGUUGAGGCUCUAGUUAAUGAUGAGCUAGAGAUCCCAGAGGGGGAUAAAGAGAAUGAAAUAACUGCGAAAUUUGAAUAUGGCGAUAGAGAUAAAAGUUCAGUCACUUGGGUGAUAGAAUGUAACCCUCGAACAAGGCUGGAGAUGCUGAAGGAGAAAGCGUUUAUUCCUGAAUUGGUCCUCUUGUGGCGUGAGAGACCAUAUUAG